CGUAUUGUUUUUUCAAGCUUGUAAUGGCUGACUUUUCAAAUCUCAUCCAUUUCCCAGCACCACAUUAUGCGCAAAUCAGUGCAAAACGAAUUGCUUGAAUUUUGGCAAAGCAGGUUUUUCUUUAGUUUUGAUUAGAUUGCGUUUCCACAGUUAUGGCUGUUUUACACCCGACAAUACAACCGUGAAAUAUGAAGUCAGGCGAAAGGAGUCAGAAGGUCCCCAGGGUGGUAACGCCGUGCCAUCCGUGAUUUCUUUGGAUUACAUCUUGCAAACGUUAUGAUGCGCCCUAUUUGUAUCCCUUCCUUCACGCCUGACUGCAUACUGUGACAGCGUAUUCACGCUCCUCCCUAAUUACAGGCACCAUAGUCAUCCUCUUAAAUAUACACAUAUCCCCUAAUCUGUACUCACAGCCCAAACGCAGAUAAGGGGAUACAGACACAGUGGAGUAUCGUGUGCUCCGUGCGGUUCUUUAGAUGGACUUUCAUUCCAUGUAUGAGUACAGUUCAACCGCAAGAUUGUGACAGUGUUGGGACAGUCUGAGAGAAUGGCUUCAGAAAACACAAUGCACAGCUGCUCCAUCUUACCAUGCUUCAUGUUUGUGGAGUUGGUUAUCAUGGCUGGGACAGUGCUGCUGGCAUAUCACUUUGAAUGCACCGACACCUUUGGGGUUCACAUCCAGGGCUUCUUCUGCAACGACGCCAGCCUGAUGAAACCCUACCCUGGAGUGGAGGAAAGGAGCUUCGUUCCCCCCUUCAUCUUGUACUGUGUGGUGGCAGCAGCACCGAUGGCCAUUAUUUUCAUUGGUGAGAUCUCAAUGUACUGCAUGAAAUCUACAAGAGAAACCCUAAGAGCCCAGGAGAAAACCAUUGUGACGGCACAGUGCUGCUACCUGAGUCCUCUUCUUCGCAGAGUUACAAGGUUUAUUGGUGUCUUUGCUUUCGGUCUCUUUGCCACGGACAUCUGUGUGAACACUGGGCAGGUGGUAACUGGGAAUCUGGCGCCUUACUUUCUGAGUGUCUGCAAACCGAAUUACACGGGGGUGCAGUGCCACUUCAGCCCCCACCAGUUCAUCCCCAAUGGAAACAUCUGCACAGGCGACCAGCUGGUUGUGGAGAAGGCCAGGAGGUCUUUCCCAUCCAAAGAUGCAUCUCUCAGUCUCUACUCAGCUGUUUACAUGACUAUGUACAUCACAAGCACAAUAAAGACAAAGAGCAGCAGACUUACUAAACCACUCAUCUGUCUGGGGACCCUGUGUGCGGCUUUUCUCAUGGGCCUGAGUCGCGUCUCAGAACAUCGCAACCACAGUUCAGAUGUCAUUGCAGGAUUUAUUUUAGGAAGUUCACUUGCUCUCUUUUUGGGAAUCUGUGUAGUGCAUAACUUCAAAGGAGCCCUUACAGAGCCUGCCAAGCGAAAAACAGAAGAUUACCAUGGACUCUCACUGAUAACAUGCCCACAGGUCGAGAGCACACUGGAAACCCUUAGUGCACAGUUUACUAAAAACAGUGGUGUCUGUGCAUGGAGAGAUCCCUCCCCAGCAAAAGGCCUGCCAGAAUUUUGCCUGCACCACUAGGAGGUGGUGACCAGUGUUGUCCCAUUACAAAGUUAAAAGAAGUCA